AUAAUGUUAUAUUUUACUGCUGAUUUCCAGCCGUUUCUUCUGAUCCCUUUGUGUACUUAAUGCAGUUUUUGCGCCCCCAAUUCGCAGAGUCAACACAAAUUUAUACGGAAACCUGACAAUGUGCGAGGGGGAGAGAGAGAGAGUGAGUGAGAGAGAGAGAGAGAGGGGAGAAUGGAAAUGAAAGGAGAGCAAGCGAGAUGACAGGAGUUGGACGACACAGGGCGUGCAAAUGUAACGGAGAUAUUUGAAUAUCUGAGGGCGCGAAUGGCAUUCCACCAGUAUUUCAAUAUCCCUGUGGGCGAUUCCCAGAUACAGUCACCCAUAAAAGUCAGCGGACCUAAUGAACUUGCAAAUUUUUAUGACUGCUCGUGGGGCUGUCGGAAUUUCGCAUUGACUUCCUAAGCUGGCGAAUUUGUAAGAAUGCGCUUUGAUUUCAGAUUCAAAGCUUAUCGCAGUUCGAAUGCAAGACCCACGCUGACAUUUUUAUAGCUUUUUCAGAGCUCCGAAUGCAAAAAUUCUUCCGGCUAUGAAUGCAACUUUUCUGUCAGUCCAAGUUGCAAACAGUUCUUAAUAGCAGUUCGCUGACUGUACUUAUAAUUCACGAAAAUCCACCAAAGCUUCUGAAUCAAUUCACUUGUUUUGAGUGCUUUUUGUAAACGAACUGAAAAACCAACCAAAUCGAAACGAAUUCCAAAUUGAUUGCCUCCUCCGGAUGCGAUGAAUUUUCAAUGAUCGCAGCAAUAAUAAACGAAGAGCUCUCGAAAAUAAUCAAAAACUCUUAAGUAUUCCGUCCAUAAAAUGAGGCGAUACGGAUUAGAGUUCAAUCGCGAUGGACAUAACAAUUAUGAUUACACCAAAUCCAAUGGAAUUAUGUAUUCGUUCGUUUUUCAUCCACUGAUAGUGGCUAUCGGGGAAUACAAAAAUGUUCAUGCCGCAUGGCCCCCAAAUGUUUGACCCACUUACAAUAUAGAAAACAGGGGAUAGUCACAAGUAUCUGGGAUGCAAUACACUGUAUCUAUGUAUCUAUACAACAUAUGUUGCCCUAGCCCUGUUCCAAAUUCGAUUUACUCUGGUAUUUAUGAAUAAUACUGCAUAAAUGUAAUAUAACUAAGGAAAUGGAAAAAAUAUAUAAGUUAUAAGUAUCGCACUUAUCGAGAAAAAUAUCUGAGUAACACAUACAUAUCUGCGAGUGAAUCUUAUUUGUUUGAGGUUGAGUUUUUUUUUUUUUUUGUUUGAACAGCUGCCAAUGCUCACAGGGCAUUUACGAUAAGAGGUAACAAAAAUAUAUCUUAGAAACCUAUUUUUUUGCUACGCUAAAAAUGUGAAUAUGUUUGGGAACAACUUAGUUAUCACAGAGAAGUCCGUCGCCCCUUUGAGUUAGUAAACCCAUUUGAAUCAUGACUGAGUACAGUUCCCAGAGCCAAACUGAAAGUGAUAGCGAUGAGGGACCGGAACCGGAUGUGGAGCAGGCCAGGACCCGGGAUUCCUCGGAUGAUCUGACCAGCAACGAGUGGCUGAGCCUGCACGGAUUUCCAACCGGCACCGAGGACGAAUUGGUGGCCAUUUUCUCUCGCUUCUGUUCGAUGAACUCGCAUCGCAAAAGGAAGAAUGGUCUAGAGCUGGGAUUCGCAUCCGCGGAGCAUCUGCAGCUGGGCGUUCUGAUGGCCAAGCGUCUGGUGGUGUGCAACAUGCAGAUCCAGUGGCAUGUGGGUCGUCUGGAGGUUGAUCCAUCCCUGAAUCCCAAGCCUUCAAGGGAGGAAGCCCGUGCUUCGGGCGGUGGACUUGGCGUUUUUGGCAAAUUGCGUAGGGCAUUUGCCAAUUACUUUCACUAAAAUUACCAUUACUAUUGUUCAAAGAAAUUGUUGCAGUCGUUUUAUGAUUCCAAACUAAGGAAUUUGCUAUAUUUGCUAAUACAAAACAUUCAUUAAUUACAAGCUAAGUCUUAUAAUUAGCUCGUCCCACGAUAAUUGGCUGCGAAAUCUUAAAACUUAAAACAUUCAAUAUUACACAAUAGGGGUCCUUGGGGAAAUUGUCCCCUGUGGGUGGAAUGUAAUUGCCUUUCAAGGCCAGAAAAUUAAAUGUGAUUUCCACCCACAUAAUCCAUUUAAUUAAGUGCGACUAAAAAUCAACAUAACGUGCAUUUGCCGUUCAAUAUGGUAAUUUAAAACCCAGACAACAAGUUGCUGAUCACAUAAAAGUCUUGCAAACCCAGCUACCCCAUCCAUAGGCCACCCCCCUAGAAACCCCCCUGCAGGCGCCCACAUAAGGCCGAAAAUGAAAUGGAAAUUUUUCAGAGAGCAAAAAUGAAAAAAAAAAAAAUAAUAAAAGCCGCCAUAAAUAAUAUGCUCAUAUUGCGGACUCUUCAAUUAAAACUCAUUAACAUAAUGGCCUAAAACAGCACUCGACUAACUGUCGGCUGAAUGUGACAAAAAUAAAGCAAUAACAGUGGCGGCGACUGCUAUUCGUGCUAAGGGGGGCGGGGGUUCCCAGAAGGGGGGUUGUCUGCCUUCAAAGUAAAUUUACUUGUCAGUGUCGACGCGUGUAAUUUAUGCAAAUUUUAUGCGCACACCACCAAAAAGCAAAGCACCAAAAAAAAAGGAAAAAAUACAAAUUUAACUACAGCCAGCGAAAAACUGACAAAGACGGCAAAAAAAAUAAAAGCAUUAAACGCAAAGCACGCAGAAUUGUUUUUAUUUUUAUUUUAUUUUUUUUGAAGGCGGAGGGGUGUGUCGUUUUCAUUUUAGUUUAUGGCGACAUAAUUAAAAUUUAUACGACUUACAGCCCGCAUUUACAGGGAACCAGCACCCCUUUUGAAGUACAGUAAUAACACCGCGAUAGGUCGACUUAUGUAAUCGACCGUCAUUAGAUUUCUGUAUCUUAUCAAAUAUUUUGUAACACUAAUCGAAUAUGACAGCAGCAGCCUUAACUAAAGUAAGCACUGGUUCAAUGUGAUAAUAGUUUGUUUAUAAAAUUGUGUUCCUUGAUAACAAUUUUAUUAAAGAUAAGUAUUUUUUUUAAUAAAGAUCUUCGGCGCGUUGAUUUAUCUAGUGUCCACUGUACUUAAAUGGGCAGCAACAGAAAUUAUGUCAAAAUAUGCGCUUACAUACAUAUAUAUAUAUUGGGAAAUCCCAGAUCUUCUCUCACAAUUGCUCCCUCUCUUUUUAGCACUCCUUCUUUUUGGGGUUCACCCUCCCCCCCUCUCUCUAUCACCUGGCAUCUUUCGCCGUGUGUGGCCGUGUCAGUCGCUCUCGCUCACUCCACUGCCCUAUCCCCCUCAGUCUCGCAUAAUUCUUUCAAAUUCAAAUCCAAAGCCAGACAAUAACAACACUAAAUUAUGAAGGAGAAGACUGCAGUCCUGCUCUCUCGCUGCUCAGUAGAAUACACAGAGAGAUAUGAAUGGGCAAACUCGUUCUACUAACAAGAUAUUAACCAAUGUUUUUAUAUUCUUAGUUAAUCUGCUACAGCUGUAAAAACAAUAAUUACUUUAUAUUCGCAAACAUCACUGCAUACCGCAUAGUCACCCUUUUUUUCUCAGUGUAUCGUGGCUUUCGUUCCUCUUCAUCUGUUGCUGUUUGUAAUUUACCUGCCAGCCAGUUGUUUUGUUUACCUAUGACGGCAUUUCCCUCUUCACCGGCUAUCGCUCACCUUUUCCCCUGGUCCUUGUCCUUCGCUCAUUCCGUCCUCGUACCCUUCGCCUUUAUUCUACACUGAGGAAAACAUCUCAAUUAAAAGUCAAUUCAAAGAAUCUGCGCAGCAAAUAUAAAUAGGUUGUAAAUGAAAGAAUUGUAGCUCGCUGAAACUGGAAUAUAUAUUAUGCAAUAUUUUAUUACAUCAGUUUUAUAUUAGAUUAUAUUCUGCAUUCAUUUUUUCUCACGGUGUGCGUACUCUUCUUUAGUUGCCUUCCACUCAGCGACCGCUAUUAAACGUCAUUGUCUCCAAGCCUUCUUCGCCUCUUCUUCAGAUUCUUCUGGCUAUGUGGAUAUGUAUAUGUAUAUGCGUGUAUUUGUUUAUGGUGCGGCUUCGCCUUUGUCAUGGAAAGGAUAAUAAAAAACGAAAUUAUGUUUAAAUAUGGUCAUCCCCCUGCAACUCCAUGGCCCCUUUCCUCGCUCACUCUCUUUUGGGGCAUGGACGCGUUAACAUUUUUAUUGCCGCCAUGUCAGUUCCCAUAAAUGUGCCACACAACACUCGUACAAAGGGAAAGAUAUAAGAACUCGGAACCCGACAUAUAUGUAGCUAACCCUGACCUGACCAUCGUAUCCGUAGCCAUGAAAAAUAUUUUCUUGUUUCAGGAUGGCUUGGCCCAAUGACAAAUAUUUGUCACCAAUAUAUAUAUGAUUUAUAUAGAUCAUGGUCAAUAGGUUACCAUCGAUUAAUUGACUUCGGUUACAGAAAAAACACUAUUAUUCUUAAACUAUCUUCCGCGAACAUUAAGAAAUUAAUUGGAUUGGCUUCAUUAAUCGGCAAGCGAUAUUUAUCGCUCGGUUUAUCAAAUUAAUCAACCAUCCUCAGGCUCUCUACUUUUUCUGCCUCUUGGAAAACGCUUGAUCUUUACUUGCCCUGAAGCAACAACAAUUUGUUUACUAACAAUCUAUGAGCAACGCAAGCAAAAGUCAAAGAGAAGGAGGCAAAGAAGUACAGUCUAGCUUCCAUAAGACACAUAGCAACAACAAAUUAAUUUGUUUUUAACAAACUAGCAUAGUUCCUCAAUGAUCUCCCAAAGUAUGUAUUACUUCUUCCUUUUGCAGAAGAUCUGUUCUCUUAAAUGCUUGACUAGUUUUAGCGAGCCAUCACUGUAGAGAUUAAUUCAGGCCUGAAGCUGCGCAUGCGCAUUUGCCAGAGACAAAUUUCCGAACGCUGAUCCAACCGCUUGACCUUGCCAUCAAUUCUCAUAAUGGAAAUGGCUUGCCAGUCGGGGGAAAAUGGAAAUGAAACCGCUAGGCCGCUUUCCCAACAGCAACAACAACAACGACAAAAUCCAAAUACAAAACGCGAUAAGCUGCAAAGCCGCGGGCCAAUUUGUGCUACUUGGGUUACGUUGAUGUUUAGAGGGGAUGUGGAGCUCAAAGUUGCACUGAGAGAAAAUAGAAUGGUUUACACCAACUUGUUAGCUUUGAAAUUGAGCUUAUUGCGAAUGCCCCACGUUGGGCGCCAGUAUUGUUAACCAACCCAGCAUAGCUUUCAUUUCUCUCUGUGCAAUUGGGCAAACGUAUCGACGGUGGGUCUAUGGUUUGGUUGAUGGGUUCCUGGGUAGGCGGUUAAGCGGGCUACCGCGGCAAUUUAACGCUCCAGUGGCCAUACACACACACACACAGAUACGGCACCAUAUGUAGAUCAGCGAGAUACAUAUGGGAGCAAACAUCUGCAUUUGUGUUGACCCACAAUUAAUCUGAGCCACACAGCUGCAAACAACGCACGAAUUUUGGUCAGAGUUAUCAGUUAGCACCAGGCCCAUCGGGGCUGCAUUUCCUGUAGCCAAUUUCCCAUACGGUUGGCCAAAUUAACGAGCCGUGAGCGAUGAUGACCCAAUCGAAUGGAAUGGAACUAGGUUGGUCCAACGAAAUGCUCGGCUUGCUCAUUUUCCCAGAGCGCUUUUUUAGGCCUUACCCCAAUUUAGGUUCGGUUUAAUGUAGUCGGUAAUAAUUAAGUAUUUUGAUGAACAACAAUGCGUUGCCAUAGAAAAAACAAAGAGACUUUAGGCCAGUGUUGAUUAACAGUAUUAUUAUUAUAAUUCGGUCAAUUUUAUUUUUCAAAGGCAGUACUGCAAAUGGGGUUGAAUUCCAUUCAGAUGGUAAUUAUAAUUUGCAUUAUAAGCAUUCCCUUUUUAUCAUAUAUAGUAAACAAACUUUAUUCGAUAUUAUUUUAUGAUAUGAGAACCUUCCUCAUUUGCGUUUUUCUCGACCUGCCUUUUUUGGAAGUUUCCGCACUUAUUGGCGGCGCCAUCGAAGGCGUCAUCCACUUGGCCAGAUCCCCACUUCAGCUAUUUUUGGCGUCUUGUUCUGCCAUCUAAUGGACACAUUAUGUUCUUGACCCGCGGCGGAAACGCGUGCCUGCCUCCCAUUAUGGAUUUAGAUUUGGACUUGGAUUUGGCUUUGUGCAAAUUGAAACAUCCACGGAUGUUAGCUAAUGGGAUCCGAUAUCUAUAACCACACUGCACAUCAAUAUAAGGCAAAACAAAUGAUUAACAGGCCCAAAAAAAAAAAAUAAUAAUAAAAAACAAAAAACGGACGAAAACCCUUGAGGGCUUUGGUUUCCCAACGAUUUUGGGCAUGACUUCAUUCAGGCAAGAAAUCUUCGCGGCUUUUUUCUUUUUUUUUUUGACACGCGCGUCACGGCGACACCUUGACAUGCCACGCCCACCAGCACCUCGCCGCCCAGAGAAUGAAUGACUUAACCAAAUCCCAUCAAAUUAUGCGCGUUCGGUGACUGCCCGUCUUGAAUUUUAAGCCAUCGGCCGACCCCUCCAAAAAUGAAAUACUCCCCAAGAAAUUGAAAGAAAACCGAAAACCGAAAAGCGACAAAUUUAUUGAAUUAUGUUUUUCGCUGUUGUGUUUGUCGGAUGUAUUUUGUAGUUUCUGAAGUGACAAAUCUCUCGGGUUAUUGGGUUGGGUUAGGUUACGUCGCGUUGCGCUGAGGGAUCCGCUGAUGGAAGGAAGGUCACAUAUUCGGGUAGACUGCAGAAUGGAUUCGAAAAGAUAUGCAGCGGAAUAAUGAGUGGGGACCGAUGAAGAGGAGUGGCAUGCAUAUAGGGUUGAAUUGUUUUGGAAUCAUACGAAAUCAGAUGCCUUGAAAUGUUUUGGGAACGAUAUAUGAGAAAUGAAUUCCCGAAAUUAAAUGCUAGUGUUGCAUAAAAAUCAUUUUUUCUUCGAAGCGAAAUUGAAGACCGGAGAACUUAUAUAAUAAUCAUAAUAAUAAUCAUUGUAAUAAUCAUAAUAAGCUAAAAACAUGAUAUGAUGAUAACCUAAUAACCAUAAGCGAUACAUCUGUAUCUUUCCAAUAUUGUAUCUUAAGAAUCUCUCUUUCUAUGUAGUUUUUUCUUCUAUUACGCAAACUCGCUGCCUUUCCCCCCAAAAAAAAAAAACCUACAAAGUUGAUGGAUGUCUUUGACAUUGAGCAUUGAGUCCGUGGUGCGAGUGUCAAUCGUCAACGCGGACUUGUCGACUUAAAGCGCAAAUUGAAUUAGGCAAUGGUAAUUCAGUUGCUUCUGUUGCUAUUAUCGACAGGCGUUUCGUAUUCGUAAUUUGAUUUUGGUUGUCAGGCUUAACAGGCCCCCCAUCAAACCCAAAGCCGAAACACAAUUCCAAAUGUGGACAAUCGAAUUCCAAUUUGACGCAAAUGCUGCACAGGCACAGCCUCUCCUCGAAAAUCCAGCGAAGUAUGUAGUCUGUAGAUACAUAUGUAUGUGGUAUUUCCUUCGACUUUUGAAGACAGCUGCAGGUAAACGACACCGCAUGUCGCCCCUAUCUUCGAUUCCGAUCGGACAGGUAACCAGAGUUCAGGUAGAUAAACUGCCGGCAGGGAACGGGAACUGCUCAUCCUUCUGUGAUAACUUCAUCCUGCCGCAGCAGGAAGUAUCCUGCGAAUCACGCAUCCCACUCUACGGCGAUUCACCCUUGAGAAUACAAUAUGCGCAUAGAGACGAAACGUGACUAACUGCGAUUGUCCCGCGGGCAUAAUUAGACCCGAAUAACAUCACCUGGCGACACCUCAGCACAAUCACCACAUUUGCAAAUAUCAGAUAGGCCAAAAAACAAAAAACACUGAGCGAAAGUAGGACGAUGUUUUCCCGCUUAAGUUCCCAACUUGGAAUGGUAAUUUUUGUGGUUUUUCCCCUGUGUAGCAGAUAAACAGCAUUUAAUCAGUAGCACACUCAUCUUAUCGCACUGGCGCCAUGAGAUUAGUUUUCCAAGUAAACUUUUUGGAAUUGGGCUAUUCCUGAAUGCGAAAUCCGAACGGCAUCCGAGGGCCGGAAAUAGAUCGAUCCUAGAAGAGGGUGCUUCUCGCAGCCAGACGAGACAACCCAAGCAUAUACCAAUACCAUAUAGCAUCUAUGUCCCCAGCAGAUCCAUAAAUAUUUAAAGAGUGAGAGAUGUAUUGAGGAGGGUUCACAGGGGUCACUGCGAGACGAAAAUGAAUUGAAUUUUGUUUUUUUUUUUUUGGCUGUCUUGGGGCAGACAAAUGAUAAUAAAUAAAUAUGCUGAGGAGGGGAGUCCGCCGAUGCUGCACCACUUAAAGAUAUAAUAUUGGGGAUUGGACGAGCUCGAUGGCAAACACUUGGGAACACUUGUGAUAAUCAUGACUAAUAAGAUACACAAAUAUCGGAGCGACUGGGAGCAACCGAAAAAAAUACGAGAAAAUAAGGCAAACACAGCUGGACCAGAAAGGGGGGCAGCCAAACCAGACAACAAAGUACUCACAAUUCUGGCAAAUGCAAUUCGGGGAGUUCCUUCUGUGGUUGGGGGUUACGAAAAUAAGUCGGUGGAUAAGCUCAUUUGGAUGGAGACCAACGUCGAAGGGUGAGCAAGUGGAAAAAGCAACAAAAAGGGGCGAAAAAU